CACACACAUUUAUAGGCACGCUCGCAGCAACUCAUUUUGCCCAGAUCCAUGAAGAUGCUGCUCUUCUUCUUACUUUCACUCUUCCACUUCAACACAUCUCUGAGCCUAAAAAUCUGCUCCUUCAAUGUGAGGUCUUUUGGAGAAACUAAAAUAGCCAGACCUGAAGUCAUCGAUGCCGUGGUAAAGAUCGUUUCCCGCUGUGACAUCAUGUUGCUGAUGGAAAUAAAGGACAGCAAGAACCGUGUUUGUCCCCUCCUGGUGGAGAAGCUCACCAGUCAGCUGAAGGGGCCAAAGGAGGAGUACAGGUGCAUGGCCAGCGAGAGGCUGGGAAGGAACAGCUACAAGGAGCAGUAUGCCUUCAUCUACAGGCAAGACCAGGUAUCGGUGAAACAAACCUACCAGUACCCUGACACCCAGCCUGGGGAUGAGGAUGUCUUCUCCAGGGAGCCCUUUGUCAUCUGGUGGCAGUCUCCCAAAACUGCUGUCAGUGAGUUUGCAGUUAUCCCUCUGCACACCACACCAGACACAGCAGUGCGGGAGAUUGAUGAGCUCUAUGAUGUGUAUUUAGAUGUCAAACAGCGCUGGAAAACUGAGAACUUUGUCUUCAUGGGGGACUUCAAUGCUGGGUGCAGCUAUGUUCCCCAAAAGCAGUGGAAGAACAUCCGCUUGAGGACUUACUCCGAAUUCCUCUGGCUAAUUGGUGACAAAAAUGACACAACUGUGAAGAACAGCACCAGAUGCUCGUAUGACAGGAUUGUGGUCAGUGGACAGAAGCUCAUCCAGGCUCUGGUGCCACACUCUGCCAACAUCUUUGAUUUCCAGGAGGAAUUUCAGAUGACUGAGGAGCAGGCACUGGGAGUGAGCGACCAUUUCCCGGUAGAAUUUGAGUUAAAAGCAAAAGGUGGCUUUUUCAACUGGCUGAGAUCAAAGUUUUCAAGGAAGAGGAGACCAAAGAAGAGCCGGUCCUUGAGAUCAUGAGCAUGCUGAGUCCUCCUACCUGGCAUAGAUACACAGAUGCCAACAGGUCUUGUAGAAGUCUGGUAUAGAAAUGCUCACAGCAAGUGCAAUAUUUAGCCCAAGUAUUUUGUUAAACUUCAAAUAUUUUGAAUGAGAAGGCAAAUUAAGUCUUCACGCUGUUUUUUCUUCAUUGUAUACAGAAAUAAAUCAGCUAGAAGCAGCACAUUGUACUUACUGUACUGGUCACAGAUGUAAGGAAGCUACUGCAGGGCUAAAAUAUUUCUGUGUGCUUUACCUGCCACACCUGAAGGGCAGGGAGCUCCACAUCUUCCCAUGGGCCCUGGAGCUCUGCCAUUCCUCUGCAGGGGCAGAAGGAUUAAAGGAUUUUUGCAUCA